GGCCACUUACUCUCUAUGGUUCUCCCCUCCCCGCCGUUGAGCUUCGUGCCGGCAGCCACACCCCCUGUCUCGUCACGUGACCGAAACCCACGUGACCGAAACCCACGUGAGCGCAGGAGGUUUGCGGAAGUGACUGGGAGAGGCGGAACGAUCGCGGCGCCGCUGCCACCAUGGACCUGCUCUUCGGGCGCCGGAAGACGCCGGAGGAGCUUCUGCGGCAAAACCAACGGGCGUUGACCCGCGCCAUGAGGGAACUCGAUCGCGAGAGGCAGAAGCUGGAGGCGCAGGAGAAGAAGAUCAUCGUGGACAUCAAGAAGAUGGCCAAGCAAGGCCAGAUGGACGCGGUGAAGAUCAUGGCGAAGGACCUGGUGCGGACGCGUCGCUACGUGAAGAAGUUCAUCACCAUGAGGGCCAACGUCCAGGCCGUGUCCCUCAAGAUCCAGACCCUCAAAUCCAACAACUCCAUGGCCCAAGCCAUGAAGGGUGUCACCAAGGCCAUGGCCACCAUGAACCGGCAGCUGAAGCUGCCCCAGAUCCAGAAGAUCAUGAUGGAAUUUGAGAAGCAGGCGGAGAUCAUGGACAUGAAGGAGGAGCUGAUGAACGACGCCAUCGACGACGCCAUGGGGGACGAGGACGACGAGGAGGAGAGUGACGCCGUUGUGUCCCAAGUGCUCGACGAGCUGGGGCUGAACCUGACCGACGAGCUGGCCACGCUGCCCCCCCCGGGGGGGUCGCUGGCGGCGGGCGAGAGCCGCUCCCCCGAAGCUGCCGCCGCGCUCGCCGACGCCGACGCCGACCUGGAGGAACGGCUGAAGAACCUGCGGAGGGACUGAGGGACCCCCGGAGGGACCCCCAGGGGGACCCCCGGAGUGACACUGCUGACCCAAGGGUGACCUUGGGGACCCCAAGAGUAAACCUAAGUGACCGCGGAGACCCCAAGAGCGACCAUGGAGACCCUGGAGUGACCAUGGUGACCCCAAGAGUGACCACAGGGACCCCAAGGGUGACUGUGGAGACCCCAAGAGUGACCAUGGAGACCCCAAAAGUGACCACAGGGACACCAAGAGUGACUGUGGAGACCCCAAGAGUGACCAUGGUGACCUCUCUAACCCUUGUGGUGACCCUGGAGUGACCAUGGAGACCCCAAGAGUGACCGUGAGACCCCAAGAGUGACCACAGGGACCCCAAGAGUGACCAUGGAAACCCCAAGAGUGACCGUGGAGACCCCAAGAGUGACCACAGGGACACCAAGAGUGACCAUGGUGACCCAAAGAGUGACCAUGGAGACCCCAAAAGUGACUGUGGAGACCCCAAGAGUGACCGUGGAGACCCCAAGAGUGACCACAGGGACCCCAAGGGUGACCACAGGGACCCCAAGAGUGACCUUAGUGACCUCUCUAACCCCUGUGGUGACCCUGGAGUGACCUUGGUGACCCCAAGAGUGACCAUGGAGACCCUGGAGUGACUGUGGAGACCCCAAGAGUGACCACAGGGACCCCAAGGGUGACCGUGGAGACCCCAAGAGUGACCACAGGGACCCCAAGAGUGACCUUGGUGACCUCUCUAACCCCUGUGGUGACCCUGGAGUGACCCUGGAGUGACCGUGGUGACCCCAAGAGUGACCGUGGUGACCCCAAGAGUGACCUUGGUGACCACAGGGACCCCAAGUGUGACCGUGGAGACCCCAAGAGUGACCUUGGUGACCUCUCUAACCCCUGUGGUGACCCUGGAGUGACCCUGGUGACCCCAAGAGUGACCGUGGAGACCCCAAAAGUGACCAUGGGGACCCCAAGAGUGACCUUGGUGACCUCUCUAACCCCUGUGGUGACCCUGGAGUGACCAUCAGGACCCCAAAAGUGACUGUGGUGACCCCAAGAGUGACCAUGGAGACCCCAAGAGUGACCCCAGCUGUGCCCUUGGUGACCCCCGUGGUGACCCUGGAGUGACCUUGGGGACCCCCCCCCUUUGGGGCAUUUGCC